AUGGCAAACGCAAAGUUCUGCGGGCUUGCUCUUUUGCAGCUCGCCACCUUUGGCGAUGCUCAGCUUGUGUUCAUGUUCCCUCAGCGGGGUGGUGAGAUUGCGCAGAGGGAGCAGCCCGCGCACGUGACCGUCAGCAAGUUUUCGGCCAUGGGCAGCGAUGGGCAGAUGCACACCGAGACCCACAAGGUCUUCACGGAGACCUCCAGCGAUGGUCUCCAGAAGAGGAUGACGGAAGUCGACUGCAAGGAUGGUGAUUGCUCCAAGUCCGUGAGCCACUUCUUCAACGGCUUCCCGGGCAUGUUCAGCUCGAUGGAUUUCUUCUUGGCUCCGCCUUCGUCGUUGCCUUGCUUGCUGGCGGGGCCUGAAGAUGUCAUGUCGCCUUCGCCUCUAACUUUCCGGGGCGUCAUCGAGGCAAGAGUGGAGAUCCUUGUGAAGACCGACUCCACUUCCUCCGCAUGGCGGGCCGGCGUAGUGAAGGAUGACCAGCGCAAGCGCAAAGCCCGAGCUGGAGGCUGA